AUGGGGUUGGGUGACAGCGAACUCAACACGUUUCGAGUCGCCUUCCGUAACGUCAAAUGUGUAAUCGUUGAUGAAGUGAGCAUGCUGUCAUCCGACAACCUCAACGCCACCGAUGUGCGCUUAAAGCAGAUAACUCAGAGGCUCGACGAGCCCUUUGGAGCCCUCGAUAUCGUCAUGUGCGGCGACUUACGUCAACUACCACCGGUCCGUGCUAACGAGGUCUACAAGAGGUGCAGAGAUGUCGGUGGACUCUUUGGCUCCACCAUAAAAUGGCACUACCUGGACUACUUCCCCCUAGUUCAGGUAGUCAGGCAAUCGGACGCCUCCUUCUCCGCUCUCCUUACCAAAAUUGGAGAUGGAAAGGCGCUCGACGAAGACGAGGUCCUCCUACUCGAGAGCCGGUUCAUCACUGCCCAGGAAGCGUUGGUGUGUGCCUCGGCAGCCAUAAGGAUUUUCUACUCUAAUGAAGAAGUGACUAAAUUCAAUACCUUCAUUGCCCACCAAGGAGGAGAGGACGUUGUAGCGUUGCACGUUGAAGACACCUACAUAGGGUACGCAAAUCCAGAUGGCUUGACGAAGGCAAUUGCAAAAGUGGAGAAAAUGUCCCACACCGAGUUUGCUAACCUCCCCAGGGAGAUCCUAGUGGUUAUCGGAAAACCGUACAUGAUAACCACAAACAUUGACGUCAUUGACGGUCUCGUCAACGGGGCGGUUGGCAUUCUCAAGGUGUGCGAGAAAAGCGUUGGCAAUGAAUUUCCGAAACGCUUCUGGUUGCACUUUGACGAGGCGCCUACCACGGGCAGUCUUGCUCGUCUGCGUUCUAAGCAAAUGCUCAACGAAGCUAGGCGAAGCGGUCACCACGUAGACGCGUCCUGGGUCCCCAUUGAACCUACAAUCACUACGCUCACUCUGGACCGCAAGACCGGCGUCGCUUGCAAGAGAAAACAGUUCCCGCUCGUUCAAGCUAGUGCCAUUACAGUACAUAAAUCUUAG